GCUCCGUUAAGUGUCAACAGCUUCCGGUGAAACAGGAAUUCCUUUUUGCCAGCGCUGAGAGACGUUGUUGUAAAAUAUUUCAUCUCAUCAGAAUCGGAAAUGUCUCGGGUUCCUGUGGGAAAGGUCCUGCUGAGGAAUGUCAUCCGCCACACAGACGCUCAUAACAAGAUUCAGGAGGAGUCUGAGAUGUGGAAAAUGAGGGAGAUGGAGAAACAAACACCGCUGAUCCAGCAGAAAUGGCAGCCAACAAAACCCGCUCCUGACUUUGGCAGGUGUAAGAUGCGUUCUGACGGUUUUCAUGAAGAGACCCACAGUGAGAGAAGGGGAGCAGCAGCAGGGCACACCUCUGAGCAGGACAGCAGGGAGGCCAAACACUGGACCAAGAAACUGUAUGACUUUGAGGCCAACGACCCCAACAGGUGGGGGCACAGUGGAUUCAAGGAGCUCUAUCCUGAGGAGUUUCACACACACAGUGACAGCUCGAACAGCGACGAGAAAAACGACAGAAAGAGAAAGAAAACAUUGCAUCGUUCAAAAGCAUCACAGCAACACGCCGGGAAGCGCAAACGAUCCAAGAAAUCAAUUAAGAAGAAACAGAAAAAGCAAUCCAGGAAAAGACGGAAAAGAAAGAAGGGAGAGGAGAGCAACCCGCCCAGCGAGCAGACGAGCGCAGACGAGAGUGACGGGGAAAAGAGGAGAGCCAGGAGGAAACAGAAAAGAAAGAAGGGAGAGGAGAGCAACCCACCCAGCGAGCAGACGAGCGCAGACGAGAGUGACGGGGAAAAGAGGAGAGCCAGGAGGAAACAGAAAAGAAAGAAGGGAGAGGAGAGCAACCCGCCCAGCGAGCAGACGAGCGCAGACGAGAGUGACGGGGAAAAGAGGAGAGCCAGGAGGAAACAGAAAAGAAAGAAGGGAGAGGAGAGCAACCCGCCCAGCGAGCAGACGAGCGCAGACGAGAGUGACGGGGAAAAGAGGAGAGCCAGGAGGAAACAGAAAAGAAAGAAGAAAAAGAAACCCUCCGAGGACAAGGAGGAGUCAUCCAAGGACAGCGACUUGGACACCAGCAGCUCAUCGGAGAGCGAGAGAAAGAAACGAAAGAGCCAGAGAGGAGAGAGUGAACGAGGAAGUGAUGGCAGGAAAAGCAAGCAUAAAAACUGGAAACUAACCACAGAGGAGACCUCACAGGAGAGCUCUGAACACAGCUAAGAACGGUGUAGAGCCCCUUGUGUUUUUAAACAUCAUUUUAUAUAUUUAAAAGAGAAGUGAGGGCAUCGUAAUUCAUUUCUUACUUAGCGUUUGCAUGCCACUCUGUUGAAGAUCUGUUGAAAUGAAUGAACAAGAAUACGUAUUGCUGUCACUGCCAUGGUCUGCCAGACCUCAGAGCUGCAAGUGUUCAAUCAGACCACUGUGGAACACUGUAGCUUUAAAUAUCACUGUAUCAGAGCUACAAGUGUUCAAUCAGACCACUGUGGAACAUUGCAGCUUUACAUAUCACUGUAUCAGAGCUACAAGUGUUCAAUCAGACCACUGUGGAACACUGCAGCUUUAAAUAUCACUGUAUCAGAGCUACAAGUGUUCAAUCAGACCACUGUGGAACAUUGCAGCUUUACAUAUCACUGUAUCAGAGCUGCAAGUGUUCAAUCAGACCACUGUGGAACAUAAAUAUUUUAGAAGACAGACACUAACAUUGUGUUUAGUGUCUGUCUUCUAGAAAUCAAAACCGACAUGAUCACAAAUGCUGCUGUUGUAACAAGCAUUUUAAAAGUAAUGUACGUGACCACUAGAUGGCGCCUCAAGGUUGUGGAACCCCUCCUGGUGCUCCAUUCUGUUUCACUGACACGCCCCUUCCUAUUUCAGUAUUGGAGAAUGAGGAGGAGGGGGGUCACAGGCAUUCAUUCAAAUGAGUCACACCUGGCAAAGAUACAGAAUUCAAUACAAACAAUUCCGGACCUUAACUCAGUAGGUGUAAUUUUGGUUUUGUUUUUUUUGUCUCUCUUUUUUGCUCGUGGCAGUUUGGAUUAAAAGGCUUUGUGAGA